GAAACUGACCCUUCACCUGGGAGCCUUCAGGAUCACGACGUGUGCCGGCUCCGGUUAAUGUUCAACCCACACUGACAACAUCAGUGCACAAAGGUCACGCUGCGAACGGGAAGGGAUUCAUUUGUUUCUGAAAGGCACAGAGAAACUCAGCUGGUUCCACAAGGACGGGGGGACAUUAGUGUUAACCAUGGUGGCCAUCACAGAGUUACAGAAGAUUGGCAUUGGUGUGAUGGGAUUCGGUUUAUUCUUCCUGCUCUUUGGUGUGCUGCUGUAUUUUGACUCGGUCUUGCUGGCCUUUGGGAAUAUUCUGUUUCUGACCGGUCUGGCUCUCAUCAUCGGCUUCAGGAGGACAGCUCAGUUCUUCUUCCAGAGACAGAAGUUCCGGGGUUCUUUCUUCUUCCUGGGAGGCGUGUCUCUGGUGCUGUGCCGUUGGGCAAUCAUUGGAAUGCUGGUGGAGAGUUACGGCUUUGUGCUUUUAUUUAGAUCCUUCUUCCCCAUGGCACUGGGGUUCCUGCUGUCAGCUGUGAAUAUCCCCUUCCUCAGUGCAUAUUUCUCCAGCAGCCCCUCCAUGGUGUGAUCAGAACAUGGAGCAGCAGGGUGGGGGGGGGGAGUCUUCAGACUGAUGGGACAGCACUGAGAGGCAGAGGGGGAAGGCUGAUGAGUAACAGUACAGGAGGUUUUCCAUCUCCAUCGUUUAUCAUUUUAUUUAAGCUUGUUUAUAUUGUGUUGUUGUUUUGUUUCAUUGAGACAAAUAAAUAUUCCCAUAUUGUCUGACAAUUUCACUUACUGUACAAUACCAGAUACAGGGAUCAAUAUUCUACAAGCUCCAAAGUAGAGAACCAGUAAAAAUAGCUUCAAUAACAAAUGAAUGAAUAUGCCUACUAAACAUGUCCUGAAAUAAGAACAUGAGGCAACUCAUAUAUAUUAAUAAAGGUACAUCAAAUCAAUAUCUAAGGCAAUUAAUAUGUUUAUAUAUUAAAGUGGAUUUAUUGUAUGUAAAAAAAAAUGUAUUUAUUUCAGAAAACUUCCAUUUCUUAUGCCACAUUUUAAUAACAGCUUCUUAUGUUCAGACUCAUGUGGCAUAGCAUUCCCAUGACACUGUCCUCAGACUAACACAUUUAAAAUGUCAUUUUUUUCCUAAAGAUUCAAUUAAAACACGAGUGUAUUGCAGCUGUCAUUUAUUUUGAGUAAUAUUAUAAUAUUGUAAUUAAUAUGUCAAUCAGUCAUGUGGAAGCAUUGUUAUAAAGUUCCUUACACCUAGACAGGAUCCACAAGAACAGGUGUGGUUAUUAGAAGAACCUGUGUUCAGCGUAACUUAUACCAAACCCAUUUUACAUUACAAUGGAGUCAAAACUUGAAAUAGUGGGCUACAGUUUGAGAAUAACUUAUUAAUGAUCAAGUAGAAUAAUAAUAAUACAUACUUUAUUAAUUAAAUUCAGGGUUCCAUUCUGGGGUUAUUUAUGCAUUACAAACAUAGUUGAUAUUCAAUGAUGGGCAAGUCACUUCCAAAAUGUAAUAAAGUACAUAUGACUUA